UUUGGCGUACGAGAGAUCUACAUGAUUUCAUUUCUCUUAAAUUCAUAAUUAAGUCAAGGACAUUUUGUGUGCGUAGUUAGUUUUUGAAUAUCUCGGAUAUCAAAUAAUCGUGUGGAUAUAUAUAUACAUAUAUAUAUAUAUAUCGUCCUUUUUGGGCUGCAAACGGCUAGUUCCGACGCCGAGAACUAUCAUCUUGGCCGGGAAAAAGUCUGAAACUUCACUAUACUUCGGAGUUCGGACUUGGCUUUCAUUUUUGUACCUUAUAAGUUUCAAUAAGACAACGUUUUGUACUUCUCUGGCUCUACGAUGCUGUUGUGGCCUCGCACUCCAACCUUUAGGCGGUCUCUACGUUCUCUUUCCAACGCCCAUCGGAAUCCUCACCAUUCAUCCUUUUUCCACCUAAACCUUUCUUCUUCAAUCCAACCUCAGGUUUCUGGCGUCUUGGACGACGAUUGCGAAGGCUUCUUGCCAUGGUUAGAGUGGAAAGCUGGCUCUGGGAUUUCAUCAUCGCUUUCAAUCGGGAAAUCUUCGUAUGGCAGGUCUCUGUUUGCCUCUAGGAUUAUACACCCUGGAGAAUGCAUUUUACAAGUUCCUUAUGCCGUGCAAAUAAGUGUGGAUAAUUUACUCCCAGAAAUCAGAUCUUUGAUCAGCAAUGAAGUUGGAAAUAUUUCAAAACUUGCUGCUGUUAUUCUAGUUGAGCAGAAACUGGGUCGGGACUCCGAGUGGGACCCAUAUAUCAGCUGUCUUCCUCAGCAAGGACAGCUGCAUAAUACAAUAUUUUGGAGUGAAAGUGAAUUGGACAUGAUUCGGAUAAGCUCAGUGUAUCAGGAAACUAUCAAUCAAAAGUCUCAAAUUGAGAAGGACUUUUUGGCAAUCAGACCAGUUUUCGAAAGCCUCCUUAAAAGUUUUGGAGAAUUUACUUUCAGGGAUUUCAUGCACGCGUGCACGCUUGUUGGUUGUCGGGCAUGGGGAAGCAUGAAGGGCUUAUCUCUGAUUCCGUUUGCAGAUUUCUUGAAUCACGAUGGAGUUUCAGAAGCAAUUGUAAUGAGUGAUGAUGACAAACAAUACUCAGAAGUUAUAGCUGAUCGUGGCUAUGCUCCUGGUGAACAGGUAUUAAUAAGAUAUGGAAAAUUUUCUAAUACUACCUUGAUGCUGGACUUUGGCUUUACACUUCCUUACAACAAUUACGAUGAGGUCCAGAUCCAGCUUGAAAUACCCAAGCAUGAUUCCCUGCAUGACAUGAAAAUGGAACUCUUGAGGCGAUAUUUUGUGCGCUCUCCCAAAGACGUGAAAGGCUUAAGCAACUCUGUGAACUCUUUCAUAGUCAAGGAAGUGAUACCUACCAGUGCAAAAGGAAAGGGACUUCCACAAUCUCUUCGUGCAUUUGCUCGCGUCCUUUCUUGCACCUUUCCUCAGGAACUAAAUGAUUUGGCCAUGGAGGCUGCACAAACUGAUGGUAGGCUGGCCAGGCGGCCAUUGUGCAACAUCAACAAAGAGAUUGAAGCACACCUGAUCUUGUCUUCAUUAUUCACCAAAUUAAUUGCAGAGCGCUCUGAAGCUAUUAUGUCAUUGGAAUUUUCCAAUGCUUCCAUUUCUACAAAAGUUGAUGUAAGAAGAACAAUGGCUCGGGAUCUCCUAGUUGGUGAGCUUCGCAUCCUCAAAUCUGCUUCUGCUUGGCUGGACAAUUACUGUUUUUCUUUGUCUGGACAAGCUAUUCAUUGCUAGCCCUGAAGCUUGACGAGACCUUCGGUAUGACAGCCAGGAAGAGAUCUCCCACUUUUUGGUGAUGUUUAUAGCGAUCAUUUUUUAAUUCUUUUAUACCAAAUAGACCCUUUCCAUUUUUUUUAACACCCUUGCCAGUUUAUAAAUCGUGUGGAUAAACGUCGAGUUUUAGAAUAUUUGUAAUUUUUGCUGUAAGAUUGAAUUUUAAAUGUAAUUAUAUUUGAUGCAGUAGAUAAACUCUUUUUAUUUCAUAACUAUACCAUGUUAUUACUUUC